AUGUCUAUUGACGUUAAUUUGGGCGAUGCCAAGUUUUGUGCUGGAAGCUACUUACACGAACGGACUAAACUUGCUUUGGGGAAGUUGCCGAAGCUUACGGUAAUUUUCAUUUGGAAGCCACCACAAAGUGAUAUCUGUCCAUCAUCCAUAGCAAACUUUUUAGACAAAGACUAUAAUGUGAAGCUGUGCAAGCUGCAACACAAUUCUGAUGUACUUUAUUCAGUUAAGGUGCCCCAAAUAGAUGAUUUGAAAAAUUUGCAUGAGGAUGAUGUGGCAGAUAUAGUUGAAUGGUUGGGUAUGAUUUGUUUGAAUGGGGACUUGGAAGAGAACUCGGAGGACGUGUACAAAUCGUAUUUGUCUACGUAUGAAAUUCCUCAGCCACACAUUGAAACUGGACAAGUCCGUUUUCUACAAUGGAAAGGAUUAUUCACAUUUGAAGACGUGGAGAGCUUAAUUGAAGAAACACGCAACUACGUGAAGUCACUUGAUAAAUCUUGGGCAGCAAUUCACAUCCAAGGAUUCUCAGACUCUCCAGUUGCUUGGUCCCAUGAAGAACAUCAUUAUUAUACCAGUGGAGACAAUGGAUAUGUUUUAUUAAUAAAAAGCGAUAAAAUGUUGAUUUUUACUCAAGAAUGUUCUAAGAAAAAGUACAAAUAA